AUGCUCAACGACUCAGUAUACUUAACCACUCAUGAAACGGCUCUUGCAGUUGUGGCUACAGCCAUGAAGAAGGCUAGAUUGCUGAUUGAUACAUUGAUCAUAAACUCUUUCAUGGGAGGCGUAUUUUUUUCCACCGGAGGUAUGCUUUUUGUCUUGGCUCAAGCCAAUAGCCCUAAGAUAUACGAAUCAGACCCCGGAAUGAUCAAUUUGAUUCAGGGUAUACUAUAUCCUAUUGGGUUAUUCUAUGUCGUCAUCACUGGUGUUGACUUAUUCAAUUCCAACAUCCUAUUUUUUGCUGUGGGAGUUGCCCGUGGUGCGGUGACUAUUGUUGAUCUUCUCAUAUCCUGGCUAGUUAGCUGGUGGUUCAACUUGGUGGGCAAUAUAUUCGUAUGCUACAUCAUCUGCCAUUAUUCUGGAGUCUCUAGCCAGCCGUUAUACGUCAAAGGAUCUGUUGACAUAUUGAAAGAAAAAUUGAACUUUUCAUUCACAGAGACUUUGCUUAAAGGCAUGGCUGGUAACUUUUAUGUCUGCUUAGCGAUCUACCUACAGCUCAUGGCGAAACCAUUGCACGUCAAGUUUCUAAUGAUGUUGCUUCCCAUAUUCUCAUUCGUUAGUAUGGGGUUCACCCAUUCUGUUGCUGAUAUGUAUAUGAUCAUUUGUGGCUUAAUUAAUGAUCAUAGCAUUAGCGUGAGAACGGUAGCAUGGAAACUUUUCCUUCCGGGAGCGCUCGGAAACAUCAUCGGAGGUACUUUCUUUGCAUUAGUAGUACCUUGGUACUUGCAUUUGUAUGUGGUAGAAAGAGACCAGAGGGCUUUACAUUUGCCACGUUUUGAAAUGAGAGACGAGCAACCAGAAUUGAAUCAAGAUUCCAGAGUUGUACGUGUUCGCCCUGAAGAUAUGGAGGAUGAUGACACAGAAAUUGAGCAGGACAGAAUUCCCGAGAAACAAGAUGAUGGUGAGUUAUCUCUGAUAGGAAGUUCCAGACUGCCUUCCCAGUAUCUUGACAGAACGCUUAGUCGUGCCACUACUACUCGCAGUCAAAGACAAAGGCGGUUAGUUCAGUCGCCAUCAAAUGUUUUCCCCGUGCUUGGAAUGGGCCCUCCUGCUCUGCGAGAGAAAUCUAUUGUCUCCGGUGAAGAGGACGAGGAUGAAGAUAUGGUGUCCACGUAUUCCGGUCGCGAGAUUGAACGUCCUAGUGCCAACUUUAUUGGGGAGCAGAUUAAGCGUACAUUAUCAAGACAACCUACAAAGAAAGAUAUUGAAGCGCAGCACGAGGCUACGAUUGUCCGUGAUCCUGAAUCAAGGCGAUCUAGUAUCAACUUUCCAAGACAACUCCAUAGGUUUUCGUUUGCGCAUGAUCGUUCAAACUCUGCGAGAGAUCUUGCGGAGCUAAAUAAGAGAUUCGAUAAAGCAGGAAUAACACAGAAAGCAGCUGAUGCGGCUAAUGAGGCAGCAGGUACCUCGGACUUUUUACAUGCUAACCGUGCUCUGCCCAUAAUGAAGAUGCUGUCAGGGAUUCCCCCAGAAACUAAGCCGGUUGACGCUACAGAUAUGGAACCGACUACAACAACAGCUUCAACUAUCAUCAAACCAUAUAAACCAGAGGAGGCUGAUUCGUAA